UCUCUUUAUUAAACGUCAUUUCCCAUGUUGUGUAGUCCUUCGCCAUCCACGACAGCGCAUCACAUGUUCGGGCCCUUUGCGUUCCUCUACCACACAAGUCAUCCCUCAUCCAUCACGCGCGGGCGGGUCUCACGGUGCAACCUAGUCCUGGCAGGACAGCCUAAGUGAGAAAUGUGUUAUCCAAAACACGUCAGUUUUCGAUGGCCAUUCUGCCUUUUUGGGCACAUGAGGCAAGAGUGAGCCUAAACGUACCCACGGGCCGCAGGUCUGCAUGCUCAGUUUGCACCCAACUCCUGACAUGAAACCCUUCGUACGCAAAGGAGUACAAAAGGGCUUGGAAGAGAGGGUUUGUUCAUUCAAAGGAUUUGGCGGUUCCUACCUUUCUGAUGUGAUGCUGCCGAUGUGGUCAUGGCAAUGUCAGUGAAGCACGGCGCAGCAGUGACAAUGGCGGAUAUGACUUCGCGUCAUAGUCGCAAGUCCGUCUAUGACUACCUGCUUCUUUGUGUCAGAGGUUUGCGCAAUCACAAUCUUUUCACUUAUCUUUUCUCCUCAAAAUGUUCUUUACUACUUCCUCACAACUCUCUUCUCCCGCCUACAAUAUCAGAUCCGAACCACCAAAUACCUAUCCUCAUGGAAACUCCUCUGACACUGGGAGAUCUUCCUCCAGAGGUUUUCCUUUUGGUCACCGACAACCUUGAACGAGAUUCCCACCUCGCCCUAAAAUUCACGUGUAGGGGAAUCUACAAAUUCGUUGAUCUAAAGAAAGGUUACCCCCAGGGAGAUCUCACAGAAUGCGCACAGAAAGCGAUCCGCGCCUAUUUGAAGACCUCUAAGGACGACAAAGCAAUGGUGUACUGCAGGGGCUGCAAAAAGGUUUAUGAUCAGGUCAAUUUUACUUCUCGCAAAUGUCCUCCAUUGCCUCACCAGCCGCCAUCCAAAGAUUCGGAGCGUGUCCUUCAUGUCCCACCGCGCUGGUGCAACUGGCAUAUCAGAAGGAUCAUCAAAACUUCGAAUGAAGGUCGCGAGGGAGAGAUUAAGUGGACCAGCCGCAUCGGAGAACUAUGCUUCCACUGCAACACGAUCAAGGAAUGGCAUGGGUGCAAAUGUACAUGCAAGAGCUGUGGCACAGAGAGGGUGAGGGUCUACCAACGAGUGACCUCCGAUGGAUCCGAAUGUAAGAAGUACUACUUCUGGAGAGACAGAUCAAGGGUGAGCGAGGACCCAACAGAGCAGGCUCACGCGCCGGGUCGCCUCUUCGUGCGAGAAAUAUAUGAUUCGGGAGACGUGGACUACCAAGUUGAGUACGAAGAUAUGAAGCAACCUGGUCCCUAGUCCUUGACUCUACAAGAAGAGCAAAAGUUGCACGGCUUUUUCACCGGACGAUCAUAAUUCAAUCAACACCGACACAUUACGAAGUUCCGUGAUAGAUAAUU